CAUGUCAUUCCCCAGCGAGUAAAUAGAAGCGUGUCAAGCUGGGGAGAGAAGCAGAGAGCUGGAGACUCCCAGGCACAUCCAGCAUGUCUAAGAAGGAGGAGCCCAUGGAGGAGAUCAUGGAGUCUAAAGUGAUGUGGUACCCUGAUUCCAAGAAAAUCACCCAGAUGGACCAGUUCAGAGCCAGGGUGAACACGAAUCAUGGGCUCAGUCUGGCUAACUACAAUGAACUUUACCAGUGGUCAGUGGAAUUCUAUCCAGAAUUUUGGGGAGAAUUUUGGAACUUCAGUGGCAUCAUCUUCUCUCGUAUGUACGAUGAGAUAAUUGACCGAUCCAAAGGGAUAGCUGACAUUCCAGAGUGGUUUCACGGGAGUCGCCUGAAUUAUGCAGAAAACCUCCUGAAACACAAGGACAAUGAUAAAAUUGCUCUGUACGCCAUAAGGGAAGGCAGGGAGAAUGUGGAAAAAGUGACAUUUGAAGAAUUGAGAAGAGAUGUUGCUUUGUAUGCAGCUGCCAUGAGGAAGAUGGGAGUCGAAGCUGGAGAUCGUGUUGUUGGCUACUUUCCAAACUGCAUACAGACAGUGGAAGCUAUGUUGGCUGCGGCAAGUAUUGGUGCAAUUUGGAGUGCCACAUCUCCAGAUUUUGGAGUGAAUGGAGUCCUGGACAGAUUUUCUCAGAUUCAGCCCAAGUUAAUCUUCUCGGUGGAGGCCGUAGUCUAUAACGGGAAGGAACAUUCUCAUUUGGAGAAACUGCACAGUGUAGUAAAAGGAUUACCAGAUUUGAAGAAAGUUGUUGUCAUCCCUUAUGUUCUUCCUAAAGAUAUAAUAGACAUCUCCAAGAUUCCUAACAGUGUAUUUCUGGAUGACUUCUUGGCAACUGGAAAAGUUGGAGACCAAUCUCCUCAGCUGGAAUUUGAGCAGCUGCCUUUCAACCACCCUCUUUUUAUUAUGUAUUCGUCUGGCACAACAGGUGCCCCCAAGUGUAUGGUGCAUUCUGCAGGGGGGACACUGAUAAAACAUUUAUCAGAGCAUAUUUUGCAUGGCAGUACUACCAGCAGUGAUGUCAUCAUGUAUUAUACAACGGCUGGCUGGAUGAUGUGGAACUGGCUGGUGUCAGCACUUGCCACGGGAGCCUCUGUGGUGCUGUAUGACGGCUCCCCUCUUGUACCAAGUCCAAAUGUGCUAUGGGAUCUUGUGGACAGAUUGGGGAUAACCAUUCUGGGGACUGGUGCCAAGUGGUUGGCAGUUCUAGAGGAGAAAAACCUUAAACCGCGUGAAACACACAGUCUGCAAACUCUUCAUACAAUAUUGUCAACGGGCUCGCCAUUAAAGCCCCAAAGCUAUGAUUAUGUCUAUGAACAUAUAAAGAGUACUGUUCUCCUCGGCUCCAUCUCUGGUGGCACCGAUAUUAUAGCUUGUUUCAUGGGACAAAACGUCAGCAUUCCAGUCUACAGAGGAGAAAUCCAGGCCCGGAAUCUAGCAAUGGGGAUAGAAGCAUGGAAUGAAGAAGGAAAAGCAGUGUGGGGAGAAAGCGGGGAGCUGGUUUGUAUGAUUCCAUUACCAUCUCAGCCCACGCACUUCUGGAACGAUGAAGAUGGCAGCAAAUACCAGAAAGCUUAUUUCUCCAAAUUCCCAGGUAUCUGGGCGCAUGGAGACUAUUGCAAAAUAAAUCCUAAAACGGGAGGAAUUGUUAUGCUGGGACGCAGUGAUGGAACACUGAAUCCAAAUGGGGUACGAUUUGGGAGCUCGGAGAUCUACAAUAUAGUCGAAUCAUUUGUGGAUGUCUCAGACAGCCUGUGCGUCCCCCAGUACAAUAAGGAUGGGGAGGAGAGAGUGAUUCUCUUCAUUAAAAUGAACAACAACUACACCUUUAACAAUGAUCUGGUGAAAAGGAUAAGGGAUUCCAUCCGUGUAGCUCUGUCUGCCAGACACGUGCCAGCCCUCAUCCUCGAAACAAAAGACAUUCCGUAUACUAUUAGCGGGAAGAAAGUAGAAGUUGCUGUUAAACAAACCAUCGCCGGCAAAGAAGUAGCUCACCGUGGUGCUUUCUCUAACCCGCAAUCUCUGGAUUUGUAUCGCAAUCUUCCAGAGCUACAGAAUUACUAAGCCCUGUCCAUAAGAGACGCUGUGUGUAGUGUGCACGUGCUCGUGGCGAUAAUGUACAUGCACUGUGUGUGUAAAUGGAUCAGGCUUGGUCUUCAAUGUGGAACUCUAGUAAAAUGGAAAAAAUAUAUAUUCUAUAAAUCUUUCUAUCUAUCACUUAAGUCAUGUUAGAGGCAUUUCAGAGGUCAGUGACAUAUUCCCUGUUCAAAUGGUAAAAAUGACAUUUAUAAAGGGGCACUCACGUGGUGGCCGCGUGGAAUCUGCCCUCCAUUGUUUUCAAUGGGAGACUGCAGUUUACGGCCACGACUGCGCCAACAAAGACUUGUCAUUUCUUGGCUAUAAACCGUGGCCUCAUGUACAGUAGCGUGACUUCCCAAUGAAAGCAGUGGGAGGGAGAGUCCGUGCAGCCACCCGCAGCUUUUUGGUGCUGAAUCCAAACCAAAUUCUAUCUGCAAAAGGUGCCAUGUGAACGUCCCCUUAGGUUAUUUUAUGUUAUUCAACAAUGUGGUUAAAGAACACAUAAAGGACUAUAUGCUGCUGUGUGACACCUAGCUUUUUAUGGCAGUGGUAAUAAUAAAUGAAUUAGCUUUUGGAUAUUAAAGUUUAGCUUUUACAUCUUAUAAUGUCCUGCAAACAUUUACUGUAUGGUACGUCAGCGCUACAGGUUUUACCUCUUAUGAGGCUUCCUGCAUGACACUACUUUUUAGUGCUCAAGAAAAUCCUCAUCUUGGAUCAUUUAAGAAGAUCGGCCAUCUCCUACUAUAAUUAUACAUAGUUUAUAUUCUGGCAUGUAAAAUGUAAAGCAUGCCACCGAUCUGCUGUUUCGGACAGCCCCUGCGCUGGGAACUUUACAGUGUACAGAGCUGGAAGCAGGAGCCUCCAUACACUGUGUAGAGGGUGUGCGAGGGUACCACAGCUCAGCUGCCAUUCAAGUAACAGGGAGUUGAGCUCCAGCAUGCCAGCGCUGGAAACUACACAGUGGAUGGAGCCUUCUGCUUCAUGCUCUGUAGACUGUAUGGUUUCCAGCGCUUUUGGCUGCCCGACUGUUCAGGUGGUUGUGCAGGGUGUCGGACCCCCAGCGAUCUGAUAUUGAUGACCUGGGGAUAGGUUUUCAAUGUCUAAGUUCUGGAAAACCCCUUAUAGGGAUUCUUUUGUAAUUAAGCUUUAAAAACGUAUUAUAAGACAGAGUAAAUCUGAUCUGUCUAAUGAAUGCCCUACUGUCCUGGUAGGGUUGCUCUCACAUUUCACCUUAUAUUGAUGUAGACCUCCAUAGCAGAUUACAUUUACGACCAUAAACAGUCUAUUUCUUUUGUUGCCACUAUGAAAUAUUCUGCAUAUUUCAAGGAAUCUAUUCCUGUAUCACAGGAACCUCUACAGUACAUUCCCUUUUGUAUAAUGUGAGCUGCCAGGUGGCCUGCAAUAGCUGUUUCCUUUCUAAAUGGAGAAGAGGGACUGCACUCCGUGGUGCCGCACAAUAUUGUUCAAUUCCGUCUUGUUUAUACCUUUAAAUAUCUGGUUACCAACCUGAGGAAGUGCAAUGCUUUGGUUGUAUGUUUUUAUUUUUCAUGUUUUUACCAAAGAGCUUGCAUGUCCUAUGGUUACUGAUGUGCUUGCUUUACUGUGAGAAUUGUUUACAGGUUUUAUAUAACUGAACUGCUAUAAUGUAGGCAGAUGUGGGUAAUACAGGAUGAAUCUUCCUAUGCCAAACACAAGUGCACUACCCCUGCAUCCUGCCACUUACUGGUCAGUCCUGCCGAUCGGCUAGCCGCUUCAAGGCAUUUGUUACAGUUUGCAGUUGCACUCUUUAUUGUCUAGCUUCACACCACUUUAUUUGCAUCCUGUUAAAAGGUAAUGUUUUUUCCCAACUUUACUGAAUAAAUAUCUGGCUAUCCUAUUGCUUUUGAUGUCUAGGAUACAAAAUAAAAAAAAGAAGCCUUUAUCACCUGUGUGCCCUGUGGCAAAGAAAAAAAACAAGAUGCAAAAACCUGGCUUGAACACGGCGUAAAUUGGGCAAGUUUGUGAAUAGCUUCCGACGCAACAAAUUAGAUACUGGAAAAACAAUUUUUAUGAUACAUUCUAGGAUAUUCCAAAAACCAUAAAAUGAAGCAAAACAAUGCAAUGUCAUAUUUUGACAAGGGAAAUAUCAGGUCAAACCCAUGAUAUUGGAUGCUUUUAAACUGAUGUAUAUUAUUCUUUGCAUUGCUCUUUAUAACAAGAUAUGAUUUAAGUGUUACAAACCAUUGUAUUUUAAAUUCUGUGUAGAUAGUAACGUUUACGAGUUGUGAUUACAGUGUGAGAAUGCAUUGUAUGUACAUUAAACUGUGUAUAUUGCAUUGUCCCUGCUUCUCCUGUAUAUAGUGAGCAGUUCUCAUUGUUUUUUCUUUUUUGUUCUUGCAAUUAAUAAAUCCGAUAUAAGCCUACCUCCAA